CGCGAUUCCACUGUCGGAAACGCGCUUUGGGCGCGCAUGCGCAUUCCGGUGAACCAAUUUUGAACCAGAAUGGCGGUGUUGCUAGAAACCACAUUAGGCGACAUUGUAGUGGAUUUAUACACCGAGGAACGACCUAAAGCCUGCUUGAAUUUCCUGAAGCUGUGUAAAAUCAAGUACUACAACUACUGCCUUGUUCACAAUGUCCAGAGAGAUUUUAUCUUCCAGACUGGUGACCCUACAGGCACUGGCCGCGGAGGAGAAUCCGUGUUCUGCAAGCUGUAUGGUGAUCAGGCCCGCUUCUUCGAUGCAGAGAAAGCACCCCGGAUCAAGCACAAGAAGAAAGGCACCGUGUCCAUGGUGAACAAUGGCAACGAACAGCACGGCUCCCAGUUCCUGAUCACUACCGGAGAGAACCUGGACUACCUGGACGGCGCUCACACCGUGUUCGGGGAGGUCACCGAGGGCAUGGAGGUCUUGGCCAAAAUCAACGAGGCGUUCGUCGACAAGGACUUCAUUCCUUACCAGGACAUCAGAAUAAAUCACACGGUCAUCCUGGAAGACCCGUUUGAUGAUCCGCCGGGCCUGCCGGUGCCAGACCGAUCCCCCGAGCCCACUAAAGAACAGCUGGAUAGCGGCCGUAUAGGAGCUGAUGAAUCGAUAGAUGAUGCUGAAGGGAAGAAUGCAGAAGAGCUGGAUGAGCUGAUAAAAGAGAAAGAAGCAAAGACACAAGCCAUCCUGCUGGAGAUGGUGGGUGAUCUUCCUGAAGCAGACAUCAAACCCCCGGAGAACGUGCUGUUUGUGUGCAAGCUGAACCCUGUCACCACAGAUGAGGACCUGGAGAUCAUCUUCUCUCGCUUCGGCCAAAUCCAGUGCUGUGAGAUCAUCAGGGACUGGAAGACGGGCGAGUCUCUGUGCUACGCGUUCAUAGAGUUUGAGAAGGUGGAGGACUGCGAGAAAGCCUACUUCAAGAUGGACAACGUGCUGAUCGAUGACCGACGCAUCCACGUGGACUUCAGCCAGUCGGUGUCCAAGAUCAAAUGGAAGGGGAAAGGUGGGAAGUACACCAAAGAAGAUUUCAAGGCCUACGAGAAAGACCAGGACAACAAAUCCAAACUGGCUCUGAAAGACAAAAUCAAACCCAAGCAAGACUCUCGUUACGAUCUCCUUCUGGACGACGACGAGCAGGACGCCGGGCAGAGGAGCGACAGGGCGCAGCAGGAGAAGAGGAGGCGAUCGGACGAAGACGACCGGAGGACGAAGUCGUCGAAGGAUGUUGAGCAGAGUCGGAGUGAGCAGAAAGGAAAACGAUCCCGCUCGCGCUCCAGAGACCGGGAAAAGGACAGAUACAGGGACAGUCACCAUAAACAUGGUAAACACAAGCAGAAAAGCCACAAACGUGAUCGCAGUCCGAAGAGGUCGAAGGAUAAAGAGCACAGCCGACAUCGCUGAAAGAAAAAAAAAAAAAAACGCUCGGAAUUAUGGGAUGUAGACGUAUAGGCAUGUCUAAUCACCAUCACAGACCAACUCUUGUGUUUGACUUUUUGUUACUAAAUGGAAUUUAUUAAACGUCAACACACAUCUAAAUAAACGCCGUGCACCCAGAGGGGUGGCGCAUUUUUUUUUUGGUAUAAAUCCAAUUUACUAUUUAAUACUAAAAAAAUUGUUCAUAAACUUUAAAUGUUAAAUAGGAUUUGUGUCAUUAACCCACUACUGCCAUCUGUAGGUCAGAAUUAAAAAUACAUGUUCUUUACUCUCAUGAGAGGUACUGAGAAUUAAAUGCCUGUUAAAACACCCCACUGUUCAAUUGGUGUGUUUGGGAGAUGUGUGAAACUGUUAAUUGUGCACAAAUUAAACACUGUAUGAAUCAA